CUGCAUGAACCGCUGGUCCACACUCCAGCGUCUAGGUGGCAGUAAUGCGCUUUAACGCUUGUUAUUACCCGCUUUUUUAAAUACAUAGACGAAAUGUCGUUGCAAGUAGCUUGACAGUUCGGCAGUAAUGUUGUGACCGCUGUGGUCGUCAAUUUACAUGGCAUUAAAAUACGGCCACGAUGGCACCCUUCGUGUAUGCCGGUUAAGAUGUUAAUAACCCUGUGCUACGUCUAUCUGUGGGUGCGCUUUCACAAGUGCUACUCGGUGCUGAUCCGCAACAGCCUGUCCAGACUGAACAGCAGCACCUUCGGCUUCAGCUUCAGAGUGUGCUCCAGCCCGGCCUCAGCACCAGCCGCAGCAUCGUCGACUGGACGCCACACAGCACCCAGGCAGCCCAGCCCGGUCCCACUCGAGGACAGCGUCUUCCUUCAGCUGGGAGACAAGGCUGUCUAUGUCACGGAGCCUCAGGCAUGUGAUGACCUCAGCAAAUGGACUGUGCUGUUGGGGUCCUCUCUGGUUUGUGGUCCACGAAUAGAGAAUAUUUCAUUCAUCAUAGAAGCUACAGGACACAGAGUGGGCUACCAUUCUCCUCACACAUCGAAUAAGAAAGUGCUGAAGUGGUCUGACUACUGUCUUCCUCUGGCCUGUAGCCCUGGCCAGCCAUUCCGGGCUGUAGCUCAGGCCAGCGUAGACAACUUCAGUCGACUGGGGGUGGCUUUUAUCGAGGAUCGCCUUCAGCUGGACAAUGGACUUAUGCCUUCAAAGAUAAUCCCUGUCCUCCUCCAAGAAUCCACUCUCAGUGAGCUGUUGGAGAAGCAGUGUCCAAAGACUGAGACGUCAUCACAUUGGCUCUGUGGCCCCCAGUCUGGAGAAGGUGUUGCUGAGCCUUUGCAUUGUCGGCUGUCACCCAACCACCAGCACCUCCAGUGCCGUAAGGGCAGCCUCCGCCUCACCCCGGAGCUAAAGGGGAGGUUAGAGGAGCGGCGAGGGUCCGAGCCGCUCCGUGGCACCAAGGAUCCGGGAGCUGCUUGUGACUCGGAGGACCAUUCCCUGGGGAGUCAUCACCACAUGGAGGGCCACAAACACCACCUCCAUCUGUCCAGCUGCCACGAAUGCUUGGAGCUGGAGAACAGCACCAUCCUCUCUGUCAAAUAUGCCUCCGCUGAGAACAUUCCAGACCUUCCCGAUGACAACUCAGUCGGGCUAGAUAGUGGAGAUGAGACUCUGGAUGAUGUUGAGCAUGAUUCCAAAAGGUUUUCUGGGCAAAGCGGUGGAUUUGACUGUAAAAGCAAACCGCCAAAUAUUCUGCUGUACACGGGUGGUUGCCAGGAGCGUUUUGAGGCACUUCGCCAGCUUUUAUCCGAGUGUAUAAACAUGGAAAACAACAUAAUAUAUCCGCUCCAACCCCAGCAGGCUCUGAGCGACCCUUGGCUGGACAACACCAGGCUCCUGGUACUGGCAGAGGAGGAAACCCUCACCCCCCAACUUCAGACCCGUUUCCUUACCUACCUGAGCCAGGGUGGCAGGGUCCUGGGGCUAGCCUCCACCCUGUGCCCGGCGGGCCUCUGUCUGAAAGUCAGGGAGAGGCAGCGUGGGAAGGUCAGCAGGCUGAGCUUCACCAGGGAGGACAGCACCGAGCUGGAACUGAGCGUGUUGGCGAGCGGGAUGGUCUACGUCAGGGAUACUCACGGAGGAGGGGAAGUGGAGCUCUGGGGCGAGCUGAAAGGGGACAGCCCUCAUCAGAGGGAUAUGGUUGUCGUCAGGGUAACCCACCGAGGGGAUGACGGCGAAGCUGUCCUCUGUCAGGCCCACCUGGAAAUCGCUCCCGACUCGCAGAAUUUGACAUCGGACGGAUUUGAUGAACUGAAGGUCAGCAAUGCACUGCGUUAUGAAGUCCUGACAGAGAUCCUCACCUCGCUGGGCCUCAGCUGUGAGCGAAACCAGACUCCAGCCCCAAGCCCAGUCCACCUGCUGGCCACCUCCCAGGAGACCAAGGCCAUCUUCCUGAAUUGGCUGCGGACACGUGCAGAUCAAAAUGGCCUCCUCACAUUAUCCAAGGCCUCCCUCAGGAUGUUGUCCUCUUCUGAGCUCCAGGAUGGUCCUUCGCUGCCUGAGGGCUCUCUGGCCCUGGUCACCAACUCUUUAGAGUCCCAGAGCUGGCCGCACUUCAGUAUGGAAACCUACAGCAAGAACCUGAAGACCAGUCUGCUGGGGCACACUGUGCUGUACGCUGAGGUGGCCACGUCUACCAUGGACCUGCUACAAGGGCUGACUCUGCACUUACCAAAGGAUGUGGGAUUAAUAGCGGUAGCUGCUCGACAAAGCCAGGGCAGAGGUCGGGGCGGGAACGCGUGGCUCAGCCCCCUGGGGUGUGCCAUGUUCACCCUGGCGGUCCAGGUUGAGCUGAGCUCCAGGCUCGGACAGAGGAUACCCUUCCUGCAGCAUCUGGCUGCUCUGGCCGUGGUGGAGGCUGUUCGCACGCUUCCUGGAUACGAGGACAUAGACCUGAGGGUGAAGUGGCCCAAUGACAUCUAUUACAGUGACCUGAUGAAGCUCGGGGGAGUACUGGUGACUUCCACUGUACUUGGAUCAACUUUUCAUCUGCUCAUAGGCUGUGGGUUCAACGUGGCAAACAGCAACCCGACCGUGUGUAUCAACGACCUGAUCCAGCAGUACAACACGGAGCAUCGCUGCAGCCUGCAGCCGCUCGGCGGCGCCCAGCUCAUCGCUCGCUCCGUCAACUGCCUGGAGACGCUCAUCAGCAGCUUCCAGCAAGGGGGCCCGGACGCCGUUCUGCCCACCUACUACAAGAGGUGGCUGCACAGCGGGACCCGGGUGCAUCUCUGGAGCGAGGACGGACUGGAGGCUGAGGUGGUGGGUCUGGACAGCAACGGCUUCCUCCAAGUGUACAACAAGGAGCAAGGCACGGUCUCAGUGGAGCCUGAUGGGAACUCCUUCGACAUGCUGAAGAACCUGGUGGUCAUCAAGAAGCAUUAGGACCAAAUUCAGCAGACUGAACCAAUAACCGUAACUGACAGAAAACUUUAUCUACCUGUAUAAAUGUAUCAGGGUUUUCUAAUUGGUUAAUGCAUAGCUGAAUAUGUUGCUGGUUUACAGUGGGAGUACGGGUUAGCGUCUCCUUAUGUUAACCUGACAUACAUUUGAAGUAGUUUGGGGUUAUUUGUGGGAAGACAUCCAGUGAUGGUAACUGGCUUUAAAGGCAGCGAGUAGCACAUGCAUCAGUGAUGGAUCACAAGCACAUCCAUCCCUUAGAUUAUGACUUGCUGAUUUGGGACCACCAGUUCAAACCAUCACCUAACAACGUGCACUACUUUGUGGGAGCAGUAUGUCUUGUACCCCUCAUCCAAACAGCUAACCUGAACAGGGAUCAUUGCAGCUUUUUGCUGUUGCAAAAAAAAAAAUAAAGAUUUCCACAGAAAAAUGUUGGUCAUGUCAUGUCAAACUAACCAGAUUCUGUUCACUUACCCGGUCACAGCGGUUUUACAAAAUCCCCGAUUUGUCAAAGAACAGAUGAGUCCAAGUCAAAAAGAUACAUGGAGAGAGAAGGACCUGCUCGAAAGAUCAUCACUCAUAGUGAUGUGUCCUAGCAUCUCAAAUAUUAUUCAAUCAGAAGUCUUACUGAAAGUAAUAUAAAAAUAGAAAUAGUAGCUUGGAUAUAUGUAAAAUUCUGACCGUUUCACUGAAAGGAAAACCUGAAAAAUAGUCUAGAGGCAGCGUUGUAUACACUUUAUCACCACUGCAAACAUUAACAUAGAUCUCUGAUAGUGUCGAUCACAACUGAACAUUACUAUCUUUGUGGCUAAGCUGUUGUAUUGUAUUGCAUUACAGUUUACAGGUGUACCUAAUAGGGAUUGACCAAUCAUCGGCCUGACCGAUAUUUUUUUGUUUGCAGAUUAUCUGUAUUUGUGUUUUAUUUAAUCGAUAACAAAUAAAGUUAAUUAAUUAAAAGGUGCGCUACUUUGGCUCCGCUACAGUUCUGUUAGCAGUCUGCAAAACCUACAAACAAACUGUUAGCACAUUAAAACUUCAGGAAGCUACUUUUUGACUGUGUAUUAAGUUUAAAAUAAAUUCAUAUCGGUUCCAAAUUUCAGUUUCAUUAACUACUAAUAAUCGGUAUCGGUAUUGGCCUCGAUAUGCCGGUAUUGGUCGACCCCUGGUAUCUAAUAGAGUGGCCACUGAGGGGGUCUGCAUCACAGGUUUCCUCUGAUGGAUUCCUAUAAUAUUGAGUGUAUUGCAUUGUGUGAUAUCUUUCUGGAGAGGAGUGUCAGUGUGUAUCUUCUGUGGCAGAAAGCUUCAGAGAGGAGUUAACACAUUCUCUCUUCAUCGCCAACAUGAGAAAAUAACAACGCUGUAACUGAGCUGCACUUCUCCAAGAACCCAUUAGGAGAGGAUCAUACAUGUUGUGGCGUAGACCCAGGGUUGUGUUCCUCCAACUCACGGUUACCCUCAGCAGUUCUGUCACCACUGCUUAUAAACCCAGGCAUAAGUUUGAAUAAGUAUUUAGUUUGUGAAAAAAAAAAGAUGGUCACGAGUAGCUGUAAUUGCAAUGAGUUGACUGAUACUGAAAGGGGAGAAAAAGUCUGUGAGCUGUUAAAGGAAUACUCCACCGUUUGUUGAAAUAGUUCUUAUCACGGUCUACCCUGGCUGUA